AAUGCUGUUGAACACGGUCAUCCAGAAGUGGCAAGAUGGCUCUACACGAACGCACCACACGAAGUAAAUGAUCGUGUUUUGUCCGAAUCGCUACUCCAAGCGACCGUAUACGGUCACCUGGACGCAAUGAAGUGGUUGAUGGAGCGCUACCCAUCCAGCUAUCGAGAACAAGAGGACGUGAUUUUGGAAUCGGCAGUCCAACAUGGUCAUUUGACGAUCGCUGAUUUUCUUAGUGGCUUGAACGCACCGUCGAAGACAACCACGAAGCUGAUGGACUUAGCCGCUGAGAACGGCCAUUGGAAUAUGUUGGAAUGGCUGCAUGGUCGCUGGGGCUGCAGUUGCUCGACCGACGCAAUGGAUGCUGCGGCAACCAAUGGGUAUUCGGAGGUGGUGAAAUGGUUAAAUUACCAUAGAACCGAGGGAUGCACAACCGCUGCCAUGGAUGGUGCAGCACAGAACGGGCAUUUGGAGGUAAUCAAGUGGCUUUAUCGUCAUCGAUCCGAGGGCUGCACCGGCGACGCAAUUGUUAACGCUGCAUUUGGCUAUCUUGUCCGCGUCGUCGCGUGGCUGCAAGACCACUAUCCGGAG